GCGUACGGUCGGUUGGUCUCAGUCGAGUCGUUGCCUUCACCUGACGCAGACGUCCCCUCACCUGCGCCCUGUCUUCGAGCCGCUUCGCUCUAGUCAGCUGCUGCCCACCGCCCGCCUGCAGGAUGGCCCAUAAGCAGAUCUACUACUCGGACAAGUACUUCGAUGAACACUACGAAUACCGACAUGUCAUGUUACCCAGAGAACUUUCCAAACAAGUACCCAAAACCCAUCUGAUGUCUGAAGAGGAGUGGAGGAGACUUGGUGUCCAACAGAGUCUAGGCUGGGUUCAUUACAUGAUUCAUGAACCAGAACCACACAUCCUUCUCUUUAGACGGCCUCUUCCAAAAGAUCAACAAAAAUGAAGCUUUAUCUGGGGAUCAUCAAUUAAAUCUUUCUCAAAUUUAAUGUAUAUGUGUAUAUAAGGUAGUAUUCAGUGAAUACUUGAAAAAUGUACAAAUUGUUCAUCCAUACCUGUGCAUGAGCUGUAUUCUUCACAGCAACAGAGCUCAGUUAAAUGCAACUGCAAGUAGGUUACUGUAAGGGGUUUUAAGAUAAAAAUUUCUUCUAGUCAGUUUUUCUUUUAAUAUAAGUGCCUGUUUGACAUUAUGUUACUUUUGUUAAAUAAAGUUUGUAUGUUGCAUUUAU